AAAAAUCUGUUGCGUCGACAAAGAUGGCUUCUGCUACUGUCGUGUUUCGCAAUUUACCUGUCAUAAAACACUCAUUGAUAGCAGUGAUAGGAAAUACGGGAUUGUUUGUGAAAUUUGUGUGCGUACUUUUAAUAAUAGGUUAUGGUCUUUCAUUCUCAGAAAGCGCAGUGGACGUUCUUAGCGUAACCCCAGGCUACCUGCUACCACCAACUUUCUGGCUAUGGACCGCCUUCACACAUUGCUUUCUAGAAGUGCGAUUAUGGCAGGUUUGCGUAGACCUGGUGACAUUAGGACUCUGUGGCAAGUUGAUAGAGCCACUGUGGGGGAGCUUUGAAAUGGUCUUGUUCUUUUUGUUGGUGAAUGUGUGUGUGGCAUUCAUCUCGGCGCUGUUUUACCUCAUAAUCUACAUGUGCACGUUUAACCCCGAGGUGUUGUUCAGCGUGCAGAUCAACGGCAUGGCAGGAUACAUUGCAGGACUGUCGGUGGCCGUGAAGCAGAUCAUGCCAGACCAUGUCCUGCUUCACACUCGAACGCCCCUAGGCAAGAUCACCAAUCGCCAUGUCCCUCUACUGCUGUUCAUCACAGCCUUGUUGUUGUACCUGUGCCAUCUUUUAGAAGGACUCUACACCACAAUGAUUGGGUGUGGUAUCGCGGUAUCCUGGGUGUACCUCCGCUUCUAUCAAGUUCAUUCAAAUGGGACACGAGGGGACAUGGCAGACACCUUUGCUUUCUCAUGUUUCUUUCCAACAGUUAUGCAGCCCCCAAUACAAGUAGUAGGAAACUCAGUACACGCUUGCCUUGUAAGGGCUAAAGUUUGUAGGAGACCAAUAAGGAAAUAUGACGUUGGAGCACCAUCUACAAUUGCAAUUUCAUUGCCAGGGAUGGACCCUCAUGAUGCUGAGAGACGAAGGAAAAAAGCUCUACUCCUCCUGAGUGAACGUUUAAACCAGCAGCAGAGCGGUGGUGAUAGAGAGGAAGCUUGGCCACUUAUGGAGGAGGCACCAGCCUCCCGCACUCAGUCUCCAAUACCCUCCCUGCAGCCUUCAACUCACACAACUCUCCCUGUCAAAAGUAGUAAAUCAGUGACCAUUGCACUACCAUCUGAACCUCAAGAGACCCUCAGUCAGCCAUCAGUUCCUUCUACUAGCUCACUGAGUAGUCAGGUGGCAAGUAGUACAAGCCCUGCUUUGGCUACAUUAGUUAAUGUCGGUGACGAUACGUCACCUACAACAUAACUAACAUUAUUUAAGAAAAAAAAGGUUGGCCUUGAUUUUCUAGUUGUUUAAGAUUGUAAAGAUAUCUAAAUUUUUUGGGUAAUUUAGAAAUAAUUGUUAGAUAUGUUUCUUCCAUUGUACAGAAUUACAAAAGGAAGAGCAGUGUUGGAAAAAUUAAAGAAGAGACUAUGUUGUUACUUAGAUACCAACACUUUUCAUCAAUAUUUAAGAAAGGGUAUAAUGGGAUGGAGAUUAACAUUAUGCUCUGCGAUAACUAAUUUCCACAUAGUUCAUGUAUAGUAAUUCCUCAAUGGCCUUGCUUUUUUGCAGUAAGGUUAUGAGUUACGCACAUCAAUAGUGUUGAAAACUUGUGAUUACUUUCAUUUAUUCCAUGUUAUAGGUUUUUGUUGAAUUUUUUAAAUUGUGCUUAUUGCAAUAUUCUCUCUCUCUCUCUCUCUCUCUCGUCUCUUCU